AUGUGUAAGAAAGCAGAAGAAACUUUGGAUCACCUGCUACUUCAAUGCGAGGAGGCACAAAAGGUAUGGAAAUUCCUUCUUGGUAAGUUGGAUUGGGCCAUCUCGCUUCCUAAUUCAAUUUUUGAUAUUUUUACAAGUUGGAGAAUACCUUGCCAAAAAUCAGUCCUUUCCAGCCUAUGGCUAGUGGCCCCAUCUCUUGUAGUAUGGGAGAUUUGGAAGGAGAGAAACGUGAGAAUUUUCCAAGAAAAAGUAGAAUCAGAGGAGAGUUUGUGUGCAAGAGUGGAAAGAGCAAUAGCUGAAGUGGUCUCUGUGGCGGCUAGGAAUUAUAAUUUAGCAAAACAUUCUUUCACAAAUGAAGAUAGAGAUAUCCAGGCAAAAUGGCCUCUAAUACACUGCCAACCUGUUAAUGGGUCUUCAGGAGUUGAUCCAAACCUUUCUUCAAAGAAGGUUAAAUGGGAACCACCUAGCAAACGGUGGAUAAAGAUUAAUUUCGAUGGUGCAUCAAAAGGAUAUCCGGGAAUCUCAGGUGCUGGGGUGGUGACAAGGGAUGAUAAUGGAUUUAUCCUAUUCAAAGGAGCACAAUGA